GCUUGUCCUCAUGGUAAAAAUCCUGCAGGUUUCUGCCCUAGUUCCUCUCCACUAUGCUGUGCUGGGAAGCCAGUGGUGUGAUAAAGAGUUUUACUAUGGACUGAUCAAAUCUGUGAACUUAGCAAUUACACUUCUGCUUUUCAGUGCCUUGGUAUUUUGGCUUUCACUGCUGGUGGUAGCAAGUUCAGUUAACACAGGUACCUGCAGUGCUCCUGCAGCCAAUGGCUUACCAGGCUGAAGAGAUGGUCCCAAAGCUGACAAAGGAGAACCAGAAGAAGAAUUGAGAGGUCUGCAGGUUUUUCCUGGAAAAAGUGGAACUCCAGGAAUAAAAGAUUUAGGACCACAAGGAGAGAAAGUGCAAAAAGGAGAACAUGCAAGUUUGAUUUUAAAGAAUAUCAAGAGUAUUGAUAAAAAAAAAAAUGUCUUAACUGGAAAAGAAGAUACUUUUGUAAAUGGAAAAUCCUGUUGUACGAAAGCUGGAAAUGCACUUGCCUCUCCUAGGAACAACACUAAAAACAUAGCUUUAAAACACUUAAUGACACCUUGGAAGCAGGCUUAUAUCUCUGACGAACAGACUGAAGGCAGAUUUCUGUAUCUGAAUGGAAGGGCUGUAACUUACAGAAACUGGAAUGUUGAAGAACCGGAUAAUCUAAAAAAUGAAGACUGUGCAGUAAUACAGGACUCUAGAAAAUGGAAUAACAUUAAUUGUUCAAAUUCACGUGCCUUAACUAUUUGUGAAUUCUCAAGCUGGUGCAUCUAA